UCGGUGAAAAUACAUCACAACAGCGUUCGACAAUCUGCGACGGCACACAAAAUUCCGAGGACCAACCUGAUGCGUUAUAUUGCAGCAUUUGAUGGUGCAAGCAUCGACGUUACUACUGCCAAUGCCGAUGUAAUGAAGAAUUUGCUGGCUGAAAGCACGACGAUGGGCACAAAAACAAUCUUCAACAUCGAACAAGAGAAGGCGCUGAUAAGCUACAUUGUCCAGGCCAGCGACAUCAACUAUGGAAUUAGUUUGAUGGAGCUUCGUAAGCUCGCGUAUGAAUUUGCUCGGAAAGUUGGCGCGUCGUAUCCGGAUCCAUGGAACGACAAUCAACAGGUGAGUAAGGAUUGGCAGUUGGCGUUCAUGAAACGCCACAAAAAUUUGUCACUGCGAACACCAGAGCAAGUAAGCCAGAGCCGUGCGAAGCGAUUCAACAAAGAGAAUGUCGAUGCAUUCUUUGCCAACCUUUCAUCCGUUCUCGGUAAGACGCCGUUUGAACCUCACCGAAUAUGGAACAUGGAUGAAACCGGGUGCCCGACCGUGCCAACCAGACCUGUCAAAACCAUAGCGCGCAAAGGACAAAAGCAGGUCGGCUCAUCAACAUCUGCCGAAAAAGGCACCAAUGUGUCUUUGGCUUUGGCCGUCAGUGCUAGUAGCCAGUCUAUACCGCCAUUCUUCCUCUUUCCCCGAGUCAACAUGAAAGAGAUUUUUAUGACUCAUCUAUGCCAUGUUGCUGUGGUGUAUAAGGAGCGCUCAAAAGCCGCUUAA